CAGACGAGCACCUCAAACCCGCACGUUAAGGCGAUUCGCAAGUGUUGCGGCGCGUCCCGGUGCAGCUGGGUCGCUUAGGUGUCGCGCAUAGCGCCCGAUAUCCCUGCAUACGAGUGGUGUCGAAAUUCACAUCGAUUCGCCGCCGCCUGUCGCUCUACAAGCAUCUACAAGCACUGCUCUCCCUAGCAACUCGCUCUUGUAGCGCCGCUGGUAGCCGCUAAGCGCUUCCAGAUCCCGCGCACACGUGCGCAAAAAGCGGCUCUCACAUGUCGCACCAGCAGCGCCGCGCCUGCAUCGCCGCAGGCGCCGCCGCUGCCGCCGCCCUGCUCUACUGGUAUCGACGAAGACAGCCACCGGAGGGCGCCACGCUCCUCGAAGCCGUGCUAGACGAGGAAGAGUGCGAAACGCUGGAAACAUUGCUGCGAGACUUGCUGAGGAACGGCUCGUCACUACCAGGCAAGACGUACAGCCCCGUCACCGCGCCAGCCUUCAAGAAACGGAACCAAUCUCGAGAAACGCUCCAGUUCGGCGCUUAUGUGGACAAAAAUAGGGUGCAAAACGCCGCGGUCGCGCCGCUGCCGCCUGCUUUGUUACGCGUCGCCCGGAGACUGAAGAAGCUCGGGGUCGUGCAGAGCGUUCCUGACGCUUGUUGCGUGAAUUUCUACGGGCAGGGCCAGUGGCUCCCGGACCACGUCGACUCCAAGAAGUUCGAACGGCCUUUGGUCACGGUGUCGCUGGGCUCGGAGCAGUGCGUCGUCUUUAGGAGGCGCGGGUAUCUCGCGCGACGGAUACGACUGCCUGUUGGAAGCGCAUUACGCUUGGGCGGCGAUGCGGCAAAUGACUGGACGCACGGCCUGCCGCCCGCGACGCGUCCUCGCAUCUCGCUGACGUUUCGACGAUUGAAUGCGGAGACGAAGCGCCACUUUGCCGACGAGACCAAAGCAAUAAAGGAGCGCCGCGACGCGAAGAAGGCCUUGAAGCGCCAGCAGCGCAACAAGCCGCCCAAGCCGUCGGUGAGAGCGGAACGGCGGCCCGAGGCGGCGCCAUUGCCGAGCGAAGCUACAGAUAAGACGCCCUCAAUUGAACUCGAGCACGUCCGGUCGGUGUAUAACGCCAUCGCGCCUCAGUGGCACGGCACGCGCUACAAGGCCUGGCCGCGGGUCGCGAAGUUUUGUUUGAUGAAUUGCGGUGCUGGAGCGCUCGUCGCUGAUGUUGGGUGUGGAAAUGGGAAGAUGGCAGACGCCGCGUGCCGGCGCGGCGCCUUUACAAUAGCGUGCGAUACCUCUGAUGCAUUAAUAGACAUCGCCCACACAACACACAAAGAUAAGCGGUACGAGUGCCUCGUGGCCGACGGCGUGCGACUGCCGUAUAGAAGUGGUGCCUUCGACGUCGCGCUGAACAUCGCCGUCUUACAUCACUUGUCUACGGCUGAACGACGCGUACAGUGCAUCCGGGAGACGUUGAGAAUCCUCAAGCCCGGCGGCCGGGCCCUCUUCUACGCCUGGGCGAAGGAGCAGAAAAAUGGCUCUGAGAACCGAAGUGGCCACCAGUUCGAUUCCACAGAUGUAUUGGUGCCCUUCCACCUGCGCGAGCACGGGCCCCACUACAACAAGGAGACGGCUCGGCAAUGCCCGGCGCACGCGGUCCGGGACGAAAGGAAGAACGCCACCGUCCUCAAACGGUACUGCCACGUGUUUGCGGAGGGCGAACUGCGGGGAUUGGUGGCGGGGGCGGCGCGCGUCGACGAGUGCUACUAUGACGAGGGGAACUGGGCCGUGGCCUGCACCAAACUGUGACGCGACGUGCUUCCGUAGCUGCGUCGGCUCGAUGGCGUGGCGAUUCCACGCCAUCGACGCGACGUUGUCCCCGUGGCCGCGUCGGCUCGAU